AGAGUGUGACUGUGCAUGCCUCUGGUGGAUUAUAAAAAAGAAGAGCAAGAGGGAACACACAGCAGUUUACUGAGGGCUAGUUUCUUAUGUAGUGCUGGCUCAGUUGAGCAUUUAGAGUGGUGCCUGAGCAGGAGAACAGUCAUGUUUUGGAAGGAAGUGUUGCUUGCUAUUUGCCUCCUGUUGGAAAUGUCCCUUGGGAGUAGAAGGAUGACAAAGCUGGCAGACAAGAAACUGUGUGCAGAUGAGGAAUGUAGUCAUCCCGUCUCAAUUGCAGUAGCAUUGUCUGAUUACACCCCUCCAGAUUGCCGUUUCAUACCCAUCAGACAGGGCCAAACCCUGUAUAUCUUCUCCAAGCUGAAAGGCAGAGGCAGGCUUUUCUGGCUCGGAAGUGUGCAAGGAGACUAUUAUGGAGAACAAGCUGCCAGACUAGGGUAUUUCCCAAGUACCAUUGUGCAAGAGGAACAUUACUUGAUGCCAGCAAAAGUGGAGGUCUCAACAGACGAAUGGGAUUUUACCUGCCAAUGAACAUGGAAUGAAACAGAAGCAACACUGGCAUCCAUCAUUAAAAGAUUUUCAAAGAUAAAAGCAUAUAAUAAUGGUACACUAGGGUUCUAUUCUGUUAUCUUCUAAUGCAUAUAUACAUCUGUAGUGGUAUCUUCUUACUUACAGUAAAGCAAAGCUUGCAUGGA